AUGGUGGAGGUUGCGGUGCUUGUUUAUCUGUUUUGCUGUGUGCAGAAUACAGCUGGAGAUGAGAGCAUCAUCCUGCAGGAAGUGAAAGGAUCUGAUCUAACUAUCAGUACUGGUAUCACUGGUGUUAAGAGUAAUGCUCGUAUACAGUGGUUCUAUGGACCUGAGAAAGUAAAAGAAGAAAUAUUGAUUAGUCAGGUCUUUAUGGGAAUUGCUGGUACAGAAAUCAGCAGUGAGAGAUUUAAAGGUCGAGUUCAGCUGGACAGAAGCAGUGGAGAUUUAACCAUCAACAACAUCAGCAUCAGUGAUUCUGGACUUUAUACAACACACAUCACUGCUGGACGUCUCAUAUCUAGAACUUUUAAUCUCAGUGUUUAUGCUCCAGUAUCUACUCCAGAAGUAACAAGAAUGAAUCAAACAAGAAAUAAUCAAACAAGAAAUUAUCAAAAAAAAGCUCGCACCAUGAUACUUGGAGAGUUUUGUUCCUUUAUGUGCUCUGUGAGGAAUGGAAGAGACGUGAACUUGUCCUGGUCUGAAGAGAACAAGAUCAUUAAGGUCACCAGUAACCCUGAUCUCAGAGCCUCUCUUAAUCUUCCACUUAUAAUUAAUCCUGCAAACAGUAAAACGUUCAUCUGUGUGGCUGCAAACCCAGUCAGUAAAGAAACAGUUUCUAUUAACAUUGCAGAGAUCUGCUCUUCUAAACCAGAUGUUCCAGAUUACCGGUGGAUUCCAAUCCUACUAUCAGUACUAAUAUUAUUAAUACUAGCUGCAGGUGCAGCUGGAGCUGGAUUUUGGGUUUGGAGGAAAAAAAAGAAAAAGCAAGAAGAACCUGAAACCACACACACACUGACUUAUGCUGAGGUGAAUUUACAAUCUCAUCAAGCAGUUAAAAAGGAAGAAAAUUCCAGUGUAACAGACCAAGAGCAACAAGUGCUGUAUGCAUCAGUGAAAAAAUCUUCCUAA